UCCCCGCUUCCGGCCGGCCUGAAUUCCGCUUCCUGCCCGACGCUGGCGUCUUUGCCGAGGGUCACAUUGAGCUACGAGGUGCGUCGGGGGUGUCUGUAGGCUCCCUGGAACCCCUGUCAACACCCACUCCUUUUGCCUUCAGGAGUCAGCACCAUGGCAGAAGACAUCAAGACCAAAAUCAAGAACUACAAGACUGCCCCUUUUGACAGCCGUUUCCCCAACCAGAACCAGACCAGGAACUGCUGGCAGAACUACCUAGACUUUCACCGCUGCGAGAAGGCGAUGACCGCUAAAGGGGGUGAUGUCUCUGUGUGUGAAUGGUACCAGCGUGUGUACAAGUCCCUCUGCCCUGUAUCCUGGGUCUCAGCUUGGGAUGACCGCCGGGCAGAAGGCACGUUUCCUGGGAAGAUCUGAACUGCACCCCACCUCUGUCUUUCUCCCAGGGUAGCAAAGGGAGACUUGGGUACAUGGUGAUUCCCCCCACCUCGGGGACCCUGAAUCAUGACUUAACUACUAAUAAAAACUCGUUGGAACAGUGUAA